GAAGCAAGUUGAAAUAUGGGUUGAGAAGGAGGGAAGGCAAGAAAGGAAAAGAGAGAGAAAAUGGUAGUUGUAGUAAAGUAGAAGAGUAGAAGAGUAGAAGAGGAUAUUCAUAUUCUCUCUCUGUCUCACAGAGAGUCCUUGGAUAAAACCUUGGAUCAAUCAUCGGAGUUUCAUUAAGAGAAAUCAUGGCUUCUACUCAUGCACUCAAUUCCUCUGCAUUAAUACCUUUCUGUCUCAUCCUUAUCAUUUCCACUAAUGCCGCUGCCAUCACUGCACAUCAACAACAACACUUCAAACAAGCACCCAAAUUCUACAACUCCCCCACCUGUGCCACCACUGCCCUCGAACACACCCACACCUGUUCGGACGACGCAGUUCACGUUGCCAUGACACUGGAUAUCACCUACCUCCGGGGCUCCAUGGCGGCCAUCCUCUCCGUCCUCCAGCACUCCUCCUGUCCAGAAAACGUCGUCUUCCACUUCGUCACCGCCGCCUCCAGGACCUCCUCCUCCGCCCUCCUUAAUCGCACCCUCUCCAAUUCCUUCCCUUAUCUCAAUUUCCAAAUCUACCCCUUCAACGACCUCCAAGUUGCCGGCCUCAUCUCCACCUCCAUCCGCUCCGCUCUCGAUUGCCCCCUCAACUACGCCCGCAACUACCUCGCCAACCUCCUCCCCUCCUGCGUCCGCAAAAUCGUCUACCUCGACUCCGACCUCGUCCUCGUCGACGACAUCGCCAAACUGGCGGCCACGCCACUCGGAGACCACAACAGCAACAACACCGUCCUCGCCGCCCCCGAAUACUGCAACGCCAACUUCAGCGCUUACUUCACCCCCUCCUUCUGGUCCAACCCCUCUCUCUCCCUCACCUUCGCGGGCCGAAGGCCCUGCUACUUCAACACCGGCGUCAUGGUGAUUGAUUUGCAACGCUGGCGGGCCGGCGACUACACCAGGAAGAUCGAGGAGUGGAUGGAGCUCCAGAAGAGAAUGCGGAUCUACGAGCUGGGCUCCCUUCCGCCGUUUCUACUCGUUUUCGCUGGCAACAUAGGCCCGGUGGAUCACAGGUGGAACCAGCAUGGGCUUGGCGGGGAUAACUUCCGCGGCCUCUGCAGAGACUUGCAUCCAGGCCCGGUGAGCCUCCUGCAUUGGAGUGGGAAGGGAAAACCCUGGGCCCGCCUCGACGCCAACCGCCCUUGCCCCUUGGAUGCCCUGUGGGCUCCCUACGAUCUUCUCCAAACUCCUUUCGCUCUCGAAGCCUAGCCCGCCACAACCAUUUUUAUCAUUAUUAGCGGCAGCAGCAGUAGUACUAGUACAAUUUUAUUUUAAUUUUUUUUUUUGCUUUGCGGGAGUAGUUUUGAUUUAGCGGUGGUGUCGUAUAUUGGUUGUCCCUGGGAGCUGGCGCUGGAGUCGCUCCUUCCUCGCCGUGUGCGGCCCCAUACUACGGCCGUGUUGAUCUUACACUGUACAUGUACAGCCAGGUACAUAUACCCUCCACUUUUUUUCCUUUCAGCCACUCAAAUACCACUGUUACCGUUACGUCUUGUAACUACUAACACGAAAUCACCCCAAUGCCAAGUUUUUAUUUUAUUUUAAUGUAAUUUCUUCUUUUUCUUCACUACGUCUACAUUGUAAUUUUUGAUGUGAGUGGUUACGAAAUUGGUAAUUCGGAAAUAAUAUUUGUGGCGUUA